AUGUGGAACUAUGAUAAAUCUACAGGUUACCACAAUACAGUAUCCACCAUGAGAUCUCUGUUUCUGAUAGCUCUUCUUGUUUGUACUUUGGUUUCAGCUCAGCCUAGACAGGCAAAGAGAGUUCAGCGUGCGACAUGUUCUCAACGUUAUUCGGCUACAUCUGGUGUUAUAACAUCUCAUUCUAACUAUGGACGAAGGAAUUAUGAUAAUUCAAUGGACUGUACUUUCACCAUAAUGACUGGUAACAGUGCCACUGUUUACAUUUCUGUUGAUCAGCUGGAUAUAGAAAGGGAAAGUUCUUGUUCUUAUGAUUCUCUUAGCAUUGGUAUUAAUACUCCAAAUUCCAAAAAACUGUGUGGAACCGAGAGAGGAACUUUUAUUUAUAACAAUGUGCAAGGUCGUCUAGUUCUGUCAUUCAAAUCUGAUGGUUCAGUUACAUCUCGUGGAUUCAAAAUUACCUACAGAGUUUCUAACAGACCCUGCUUAAUGACAUUCAAAGGAGAUUCUGGUGUAAUAACCAGCCCUAGAUAUGGUUUAACUAAUACAUAUGCUAAUAAUCUGAACUGUGAUUAUGCGAUUAAUACUGGUGCUGGAAAGGCGAACGUGAACCUGGUUUUGAAACAUUUUGAUGUUGAAUCAUCAUCCGGUUGCGUUUGGGAUUACCUUAAUAUAGUAGCCCCUCAUCACCAGUCUCAGAAACUCUGUGGAACCAAAUCACCAGGAACUUCAUAUACAA